GCCAAGGGACGGUUCGGAUGUGCCCUAGGAAGUGUCUAUGGGCUAUCCACCGUCUCUUCCACACGCCUGAACGCCUUUGUCCUCCGGACCUCCGACCAGUUCUAGAGAGUAAAAUGGGCCUCCCAGAUGUGUGGAACUGUCCCUGGAGCUGUAGCCCUUCACCAUCAUCUCUACCUUCUUCCUUCUGAGGGAUCCUAAAAUCUCUAUCAUGGAAAAGUACCACGUGUUGGAGAUGAUUGGAGAAGGCUCUUUUGGGAGGGUGUACAAGGGUCGAAGAAAAUACAGUGCUCAGGUGGUGGCCCUGAAGUUCAUUCCAAAAUUGGGACGCUCAGAGAAGGAGCUGAGGAAUCUGCAACGAGAGAUUGAAAUCAUGCGGGGUCUGUGGCAUCCCAACAUUGUGCAUAUGCUUGACAGCUUCGAGACUGACAAAGAGGUGGUGGUGGUGACAGACUAUGCUGAGGGAGAGCUAUUUCAGAUCCUAGAAGAUGAUGGAAAACUUCCUGAAGACCAGGUUCAGGCCAUUGCUGCCCAGUUGGUGUCUGCCCUCUAUUAUCUGCACUCCCACCGCAUCCUUCACCGAGACAUGAAGCCUCAGAACAUCCUCCUUGCCAAGGGUGGUGGCAUCAAGCUCUGUGACUUUGGAUUUGCCCGGGCUAUGAGUACCAACACGAUGGUGCUGACAUCCAUUAAAGGCACACCACUCUACAUGUCUCCAGAGCUGGUGGAAGAACGACCAUACGACCACACUGCAGACCUCUGGUCUGUGGGCUGCAUACUGUAUGAGUUGGCAGUAGGCACCCCUCCCUUCUAUACCACAAGCAUCUUUCAGCUGAUCAGCCUCAUUCUCAAGGACCCUGUGCGCUGGCCCCCCACCAUUAGUCCUUGCUUCAAGAACUUCCUGCAGGGACUGCUCACCAAGGAUCCCCAGCAGCGUCUCUCCUGGCCAGACCUCUUACAUCACCCCUUUAUUGCUGGUCGUGUCACCAUAUUAACUGAGCCAGGAGGCCCAGAUUUGGGUACCCCAUUCACCAGUCGCCUUCCCCCAGAACUUCAAGUCCUAAAGGACCAACAGGCACAUCGGCUGGCCCCCAAGGGCAAUCGAUCUCGCAUCUUGCGUCAAGCCUGUAAACGCAUGGCAGAGGAGGCCAAGCAGAAGAAACAGCAGAACACAGGACCUCCCCUUGAGCAAGAGGAUGGGACCAACAAGGUGGCUUCUGGCACAUCUCCUCUGCCCAGACCAAAGACCACUCCUCAGAAACCGGGCCUCUUGGCUGGGAUCUUGACCUCAGAAAUGAAGAGCAGCUGGGCUGAGUGGGGGGCUGGGGAGGCUCCCCCUGCACCUCGGGAAAACUGGAUUAUCCAGGACUGUGAGCAAGCACUCCCAGAGCUGAGGCCAGAGGUGGUGGGCCGGCGGAGUCUUGACGCAGUGGACCUGGAAAAUGAGGAGCCAGACAGUGAUGAUGAGUGGCAACACCUGCUGGAGGCCACUGAGCCCGCACCCAUCCAGCUGAAGGCCCCUCUAACCCUGUUGUGCAAUCCUGACUUCUGCCAGCGGAUCCAGAGUCAGCUGCAUGAGGCUGGAGGGCAGAUCCUGAAAGGCGUACUAGAGGGUGCUUCCCGCAUCCUUCCUGCGCUCCGGGUCCUGAGCAGUCUUCUGUCCAGCUGCAGUGACUCUGUUCCCUUGUAUUCCUUCUGCCGUGAGGCAGGGCUCCCUGGACUGCUGCUCAGCCUGCUCAGACACAGCCAGGAGAGCAACAGUCUCCAGCAGCAAUAUUGGUAUGGGACCUUCUUACGGGACCUGAUGGCUGUGAUUCAGGCCUACUUUGCCUGCACCUUCAAUCUGGAGAGGAGCCAGACAGGUGACAGCCUACAGGUAUUUCAGGAGGCCGCCAACCUCUUUCUGGACAUGUUGGGGAAACUACUAACCCAGCCAGAUGACUCCGAGCAGACUCUGCGGAGGGACAGCCUUGUGUGCUUUACUGUUCUGUGUGAAGCCAUGGAUGGGAACAGCCAGGCCAUCUCCAAAGCCUUCUACUCUAGCCUCCUGAUGACGCAGCGGGCUGUGCUGGACGGACUCCUUCAUGGCUUGACAGUUCCACAGCUCCUGUUCCACACCCCGCCAGGAGCCCCCCAAGUGAGUCAGCCACUGCGGGAGCAGAGUGAGGAUCUGCCUGGAGCCAUUUCCUUGGCGCUGGCAGCCAUAUGCACUGCUCCUGUGGGGCUGCCUGGCUGUUGGGAAGCCAAGGAGCAGAUCUCUCGGCAUUUGGCAAAUCAACUCACCGAAGACAGCAGUCCGCUGAGGUCAUCCCUUGUCUCUGGCCUGAAGCAUCCCAUCCUGUGCCUACCCCUUCUCAAGGUUCUGUACUCCUGCUGCCACGUCAGUGAGUGCCUGUGCCGUCUUCUAGGGCAAGAGCCCCUGGCCUUGGAGUCACUGUUGAAGUUGGUGCAGGGCAAGACAAAGGUAGUGGACUGGGAAGAGUCUACGGAAGUGACGCUCUACCUCCUCUCCCUUCUUGUCCUUCGGCUCCAAGAUCUACCUUCUGGAAUGGAGAAGCUAGGCAGCGAGGUUGCUACCGUCUUUACCCAUUCGCCCGUCGUCUCGCUUGUGAGUGCGGCAGCUUGUCUGUUGGGACAGCUUGGUCAGCAAGGAGUAACUGUGGACCUCCAGCCUGUGGAGUGGAUCGCUGCGGCCACACAUGCCCUGUCUGCCCCUGCAGAGGUGCGGCUGACUCCACCAGGGGGCUGUGGAUUCUACGAUGGCCUCCUCAUCCUGCUGCUUCAGCUCCUCACCCAGCAGGGGAAGGAUAAUCCAGUAAGAGAUGUGGCUGGCUCAGAAAUGUGGACUGUUCUGUGGCAUCGCUUCUCCAUGGCUCUGAGGCUCCCUGAAGAGGCGUCUACACAGGAAGAGGAACUGUCACUGUCUAGUCCACAAAGCCUAGAGCCAGACUGGACACUGAUCUCACCCCAAGGCACAGCAGCCCUGCUGAGCCUGGCCGUGGCCACCUUUACCCAGGAGCCCCAGUUAUGCCUGAGCCACCUGUCUCAGCGUGGAAGUAUCCUCAUGUCCACCCUGAAGCAUCUGCUGUCGCCCAGCUUCCUGCAUCAGCUGGGCCAGGCGCCUCAAGGGUCUGAGUUUCUCCCCGUGGUGGUGCUCUCUGUCUGCCAACUCCUCUGCUUCCCCUUCGCCCUGGAUGUGGAUGCUGACCUCCUCGAAGGUAUCUUGGCUGACCUCACAGACUCAGAAGUCACAGCCCACCUGCUGCAGGUCUGCUGCCACCAUCUUUCAUUGACACAAGUCGAGCUGCCCGUCAGUCUUCUCACACACCUGGCCCUCACGGAUCCCACCUCUCUCAAGCAGUUUGUGAACACAGUGGCUGCCUCCCCUAGAACCACCAUCUCAUUCCUCUCAGUUGCCCUCCUGGGGGACCAGCCGCUGCUGACCUCUGAUCUUCUCUCCCUCCUGGCCCACACCGCCCGGGUACUGUCUCCCAGCCACUUGUCCUUUAUCCAAGAACUCCUGGCUGGCUCUGAUGAAUCCUAUAGGCCCCUGCGCAGCCUCCUGGGCCACCCAGAGAAUUCCGUGCGGGCCCGUACUUAUGGACUCCUGGGACACUUGCUCCAACACAGCUUAGCCCUGCGUGGGGCCCUGCAGAGUCAGGCUGGACUGCUCAACCUUCUGCUGCUGGGGCUUGGAGACAAGGACCCUGCUGUGCGGCGCAGUGCCAGCUUUGCUGUGGGUAAUGCAGCCUACCAAGCUGGUCCCCUAGGACCUGCCCUGGCAGCCGCGGUACCCCGUAUGACCCAACUGCUUGGAGAUCCUCAGGCUGGUAUCCGGCGCAAUGCUGCAUCAGCUCUGGGCAACUUGGGGCCUGAGGGAUUGGGGGAGGAGCUGUUACAGUGCCAAGUACCCCAGCGGCUCCUAGAGAUGGCGUGUGGAGACCCCCAGCCAAAUGUGAAGGAGGCCGCCCUCAUUGCCCUCCGGAGCCUCCGACAGGAGCCCUGCAUCCAUCAGGUGCUGGUGUCCCUGGGUGCCAGUGAGAAAUUAGCCUUGUUCUCUCUGGGGAAUCAGUUACUGCCACAUAACAGUCCCAGGCCUGCCUCCACCAAACACUGCAGGAAACUCAUUCACCUCCUGAGGCCAACCCACAGCACGUGAUCCCAGAUUCCCGGGGUCCAGCCUCCAACCUUCAUUGCCUUGCUGUCGCCAGCUCUUCCUUUUUCUACUCUACAAGCCACCAACUCAACCUAGAGCUAAAGAGACUGAGAGAGAUAAGAUGCCAAUCAACUGAUUUGAGAAGGAGAACAUAGAAGAGAUUUAUGUAUAAAGCUCCUUCUUUCCUCCAGAUUCAGGAUGAUUUCAACCAGUAAACUUCAUUGUUGUUGGUGCCAGAGGAGAUUCCUUCCUUCUCUACAUCCAGGGGUCUUUUCUCCAAUAAUGUGCCUUUAACACCAGGAACAUGGCUCCCAGACCUUAGGGAGACACCUUCUACCUGAGAGAUCUCUUCCUUUCUAGAGCUCCUGUAAUCUUCCCAGCAGGUUCUUGCUUUAGAUGCACUGACCCCAAGACAGUGAUGAAGACAGAGCCUGCCUCAGCUCUAGGCUGUGGAGAUAGAUGCUAUCAGCCCCUGUUGUGGAGGACUCCCCAGCCUGUAGCCCACAUUCCCAUCCAUGGGGCCAUGGGGGUGGGGUGGGGAGUGUACCUUUUUCUUUCUUUCUUUCCUUCAUUCCUUCCCUCCCUCCCUCUCCUUUUCUUUGUUUCUUUGUUUCAUUCUUUGUUUUUCUUUUUUUCUUUUUCUUUUUCUUUCUCUGUCUCCCUCUAUUUCUCUCCCCUGUCUCUCUCUCUCCCUCUCUCCCUUCUUUUCUUUUUGGUAGUUCUGUUUGUAAACUCUUGUAAUAAGAGGUAUGCCUUACCCUACUUGGAGCUGCCUAGGUAAAGGGUUGGGAGGUUCAGCUCUUCUUAUAGCUGCUUUGUGUGCUGAGAGAACUGGUGUCCUGUUCAAACAAGAUCCUGGUUUGAGAGCUGGUUUUAUCUUUUCCUGCCUUCAAGCAUCCUGCCUCCCAGAUGAGCUACAUGUGGUCUCCUACUUCCAAGCCAAGGCCAGUGGAGCUGAAAUGGGAAAGAAUAAGUUUAAACAGAAGGGUAAAUUGGAUUGCUUUGUGAUCUCAGGCUUAGUGACUAGUUUUAAUUGGUGGAGUUUCAAUGUAUAGGGAAGCCCAGCUGCUUUAGAAGAACGGCUGUUUAUGGAGAUUGUGCAGUUUACCAGAAGGGGUGUUUGGCAGGCCCAUUAGUUAGAAUCCUAAUCCAUACUGGAAAGCUUAAACCUUCACUCACUGGAUGGCUUGUGACAAGCUAAUUUCUCCAUCCAAAACAUAGGGAGACUACUUUAUCCUUCCUUAUAUUCCAAUUGUUUUAGAUGAGUAAAGUGUCCUUAUUUUUAUAGGAAAUAUUUUUAAUCCUCGUCUUCAUUGCCUACUGUCUGUGUUUGUAUUUUGGCAAAAAUAACUUUUUCUAGAGGCAACAAUUACCUCCUAUCUAGAUUAUUUCAAUUCAGUUCAACAUACAUUUAUUGAGUCCUUUCUAUAUGCCAAAUACUGUUCUAGGCACUGGAGCUGCCUGUUUGUCACAGAGUUUACAAUCUGGUUGGGGAGACAGUGAACUUAUUAAAAUGAGUGAAUUAUAUAGUAUGUAGCAAGGUGAUAAAAGCUCUGGAGAAAUAAAAGCAGCGAAAGGGGAUAAGGAGUGCUGAGUUGGAUAGCCAGGGUAGGCCUCACCGAGAAGGUGAUAUUUAAACAAAGCAGUGCAGCUCUCUGAAGGAAAAGGCUACGCAGGUAGAAUGAUCUUCAAAGGCCCUGAGAUGGAACUAUGCCUGGAGUGUUUGAGGAGCUAUGAGGAGGCCAUGUGGGCGGGAGAAGUGAAGAAGGGAGAGAAUGGUAGGAAAUGAGGACAGGAAGGUGAUGGAGACCAGAUGUCGGCCUUGUACACCUUGUACUUUACACAGAGUAGGGAUCUGUUGGUGAGCUUUGAUCAGAAGAGUUCUGUGAUCUGCUUUAUGUUCUAAAAGACUGCUCUUCAAUGUGGUGUUGUGAAUGGACAGUGAGGAGUAGGGAAGGAUGGGAAGUAGGGUGAGCAGUUGGGAGGCUACUGUAAUGAUCCACGCAAGAGAUAAUGGUAUCCUGGACUGGGGUGGUUCCAAUGGAGUGGUGAAAAAUAGAUUUUUUUUAUAAGUCAGAUUUUGAAUAUACUUGAACAUGGAACAAAUAAAUUUUCUUGACUGAUUGGAUGUGAGGGUGUAACAAAGAAAAGCAAGUCAAGUUACUCCAUGGUUUUUUGAACAAUUGGAAGGAUGGAAUUCCCAUUGACUGAAAUGGGGAAGGCUGUUAGUGGAGUGGUAGUGGGUGGGAAAAUUUGAGUUUAGUUUUGAACAUAUUAAGUCUAUUAGUUGGAAAAUUUCAAAUGUACACAAAAAUAGAUUAGUUCAGUGAACCCCAUCACCACUUCAGUAGCUACCAUAUCUAUUGUUUUUUUACUCAAGUAUUUUAAAACAAAUUCUGGGCAACAUACAAUGUUAUCCAUAAAUACCUUGGAAUAUAUCUCUAACAAAUCAGAACUUUUGUUUUUAACAAAACCACAGUACUUCACUAAGACCUGUCUGGAUUAAGACAAAUAUGUACAGUAUUGUAUUUUUAAAUAUGGAUUUUUUUUCCUAAAAGAUAAACUAAGGGGAUUACCUUAUAAAAUAAUUAUUCAUUUCUUGCAAAUAAUUUGUUAAAAACUAGCUUGAAAUAUCUUGUGUAUCUGGUACAUAAACAAUUUGAUGUAGAGAAAUUAAAUUUACAUCCAAAUUUUUAGGCCAAGUAUUGCAUCAAACAAUAAUUAAUCAUUUUAUGAGGAAGCAUUAUAUGAAAAUGUGUUCCCAUCCUUGUGAGCAUACAAUCUAAGGGAUUAGGAAUGUGUAAACAGUUUUACAACAAUUAUUGCACAAAGUGUUGAGAGGAUUUGGAGUGAACGGUCUGAGCAGUGCCUGGAAUUUAGAGAAUGUCUGGAAGGUUUGAGGAUUUGUGCUUGUGUUUGGUUUUGCUUGCAUGUGAGCAUAUAUGUGUUUUACCUUUUUGGGAGGCGAGAAGGAGCUUAUAAAAUUUUCAAAUAUAUAAAAGUAGAGAGAAUGGCAUACUAAACCCCCAUACCCUGAUCCCGCAGGUACAGUAGUUAUCAACAUUUUGUCGCACUGGUCUUACCUAUUCCCUUUUAAAUUUUGUCAUUGAUAGAGUUCUAUAUAAGCAUUUUUUGAAAUAAUUUAAAAUUUAAAGAAAAGUUGUAAGAACAGUACAAAGAACUCCCACGUACCUGUAACCCACAUUCAACACUUUGUCACAACUGGUUUUAUAAUAUUUUUCUGAACCAUUUGAGAGUAAAUUAUAAAUACCAUCCCCCUUUUACCUUUAAGUAAUGAAGUGUGAAUUUCUUAAGAAAGAAAAGGUAUUUAAUUAUGUAGCCAUAGUAUGAUUAAUGAAAUCAGGAAAUUCAACAUUGAUAUAAUACUAUUAACUAAUCUGCAGCCCAUAUUCAAAUAUUGCCAAUUAUUCUAGUAAUGUUCUUUAUACUAGUUUUUCUCCUAGUCUAGGAUCCAACCCAAGAUCAUGCUUUGUGUUUGGUUGUGAUGUCCUGUUAGCCUCCAAUCUAGAACCAUUCCUCAUCCUUCCUUCCUUUUACAGUAUCGAUUGAUACUUUGGGUAUAACUGAUUUUUUUAGUGAUUUGAGUAUAGCUGAUGUUUGGGUAUAUCAGAUUUUUCUGUGUGAUUUGAUUCAAAUAUACAUUUUUGGCAGAAACACUGCCUAA